AUGUUUGCUGUAAAAUCAAAUGUUCGACAUAAACAUAUUUAUCUUUUAUUAUUUUGCUUUUUUAUAAAAUUACUUAUAAUUUUAUGUAACAAAAGGACUUUAAAAAACAAAAACACUCUUAAACCCAAAUGGAAGAAAUAUUAUGAAUUACAAAUAAAUAGAAAAAAAAAAAGUAAAUAUGUAAGUUUUAUAUAUUUUAAUAAUAUCUAUAAGAAAGUAGAUGUUAAUGAAAAAGAAUAUAAAUUAAAUGAAGACCUAAAAAAUUUAAUAUUAUUGUUUGGUAGAAUAGCAGAACACUACUACCCUAAUACAGUAGAACAAUUUAAUUUUUUUAAAGAGCCAUAUAGUAAAUAUAUUUAUACAAAUGAUAGUAAAAAUUCUAAAAAGUGGAAAUCUGUUUUUAAUAAUAAAAAAAUUAAUAAAAGCAUAUUUUAUGAAAGAAUAUGUGAAUUAAAAUUUAAAUGGCCAAUUAAUCAAGAUGAAAAUAUUACAGAAUAUAGUUUCUACAAUUUAAUUAUUGAGAAAUGCUUAAAUAAUAUUAACAUAAUCAGACACAAUAUUCAUAAUUUAAAAUUGUUUUUAACUAAAAUGAUAGAAAAUAAUAAAAAUAAAGAAAAUGUCUUCUUACAUUAUUUGUACAAUGAAUUAGAGAAAGAGUCAUUAAAUAGUGAAAAAACUUUAUCCAAUGAUGAAUUAAUAAAUGAUAAAAAUAUAAAACUCCUGGAAAAAUUGAAAAAUAUAGAUUUAAAUAAUAUUUUUAAGCAAUAUAAUAGAUCAUACAGUAGAUCACUUGUUAAUGAAGUUUUUAAUAGGGAAUAUCCGUCCAAAAAAACAACAGAUUUAUUUUUAUAUUUAAUUUUUCAAAAAAAUGUUGAUGAAUUUACUUUUGAAUAUUUUUCAAAGUAUUUAAGCAAACUAGGGAAAAAAAUAGAAAUUUAUAACUGCAACCAUAAUUCAAAUAUAUAUUUUGAUCAUUUUUUUUUUCUCAUGAAAAAUGAACUUAAGAAAAACUCCUUUUCUCUUAAAAGAAAAAAAGUAAAUGGGACUUCAAAAAUUACAAAAUGUAAAAAAGAUAAUAACUCAAAGAAUAUUUUUUUGUCAAAAAGCAAAAUUAACUUAAUUGAAAAUCAGCAAAAUGCAGAAAGUAAUAAGAAAACAAAAAAGAAAAACUCUGUAAUUAUAGAUGAAAACACAAAUAAAUUUAAUAAAAUCCGUGAAAAAGAAAAAGAUGAAAAAUAUUACGAACUAGAAAACAUACAUAAACAAUCAAAUAUGGCAAAACAAAAAAUUUCAGAUAAUGAAAAAAAUACAAAAAAAAAUGAUAAAUUGAACACAAGUAUUCAUAUAAAUUCUAAUACAAGGGAUAAUUUUAAAAACAAAAUAAUUUCAUUUUUUAGUUACAUUGUAAAUAAAAUAAAAAAUGGUUUUUAA